AUGCCUAACGUUGCAGAAACAGAAAGGCCAAAUGAUUCUGGGAAUGGCGAGCACAGAUCAGAGAGAACGUCUCCUGAAGAGACUCUACAGGAUGCUGUAAAAUCGUUUUGCACAAGUGCCUCAGAAGUACCCUUGGGUCCUAAAGGAGAUGGUCAUUAUCCCUGGAGUUGUCCAGUGACUCACACUAGAGAAAAAAUCUAUGCCAUCUGUUCGGACUAUGCCUUUCUCAACCAGGCAACCUCAAUCUAUAAAACUCCAAAUCCAACACGCUCUGCUUGCCUUCCUGAUAGUACUGAAAAUAAUUCAUCGAGGUACACUGGCAUCCCUACUAGUGCGUCAGAAAUCAUCUUUAAGGAAGAAAAUAGCUCGGACAGCAUAUCCAGUAGCUUGGGCAAGCUACCUCUUGCCUGGGAAAUUGAUAAAUCAGAAUUUGAUGGGGUGACCACCAAUUUGAAACACAAAUCAGGCAGUGUGAAGAAACAGAUUUCUAAGAAGAAAACUUCAGAUAAAAAAGGAAGACAUCAGAGAGAUUAUCCUCAGCAUUCUCCACUUGAAGAUAUUAAGCAGCGGAAAGUCUUAGACCUCAGACGAUGGUACUGCAUAAGUCGACCACAAUAUAAGACUUCUUGUGGGAUCUCUUCAUUAAUUUCCUGUUGGAAUUUCCUAUAUAGCUCAAUGGGAGUGGGGAAUCUUCCACCUAUUACCCAAGAAGAGGCUUUACAUAUUUUGGGCUUCCAACCCCCUUUUGAAGACAUUAGGUUUGGCCCUUUCACUGGAAACACAACACUUAUGAGAUGGUUUCGACAAAUUAAUGACCACUUUCAUGUAAAAGGAUGUUCUUAUGUUCUAUAUAAACCUCAUGGGAAGAAUAAAACAGCUGGAGAAACUGCUUCAGGUGCCUUGUCCAAGUUAACUCGUGGAUUGAAAGAUGAAUCACUGGCUUAUAUUUAUCAUUGCCAAAAUCAUUAUUUUUGCCCAAUUGGCUUUGAAGCAACCCCGGUGAAAGCUAAUAAAGCAUUUAGCAGGGGUCCUCUCUCCUCACAAGAAGUAGAAUAUUGGAUCUUAAUUGGAGAAUCAAGUCGAAAACAUCCUGCCAUUCACUGUAAAAAGUGGGCAGAUAUUGUUACUGAUCUGAAUACUCAAAAUCCAGAAUAUCUUGACAUCCGGCACUUAGAGAGGGGGCUGCAGUAUCGAAAAACAAAGAAGGUUGGUGGAAAUUUGCAUUGCAUCAUUGCAUUUCAGAGACUUAAUUGGCAAAGAUUUGGCCUUUGGAACUUUCCAUUUGGAAGCAUUAGACAAGAAUCACAACCUCUCCCAGUUGCCCAGGGAAUUGCCAAAUCUGAGAGUGAAGACAAUAUCUCCAAGAAACAGCAUGGGCGUCUGGGCCGGUCGUUCAGCGCUAGUUUUCAUCAGGAGUCAGCGUGGAGAAAGAUGUCUAAUAUUAGCAUUUGGUUAAACCAGGCACUUAAAGGAGUCCGGGAUCGCCAUGGGAACUCUAUAGAAAAUGCUCAUCUUCUCACUUUAUUUCAUCGGCUCUGCAAACUCUUAUUUUUCCGAAUUCGUCCUGUUUUUGUUUUUGAUGGGGAUGCUCCACUACUGAAGAAGCAGACUCUGGCUAAAAGGAGGCAGAGAAAGGAUUUGGCCAACAGCGACUCCAGAAAAACUACAGAAAAGCUCUUGAAAACAUUUUUGAAAAGACAAGCUAUUAAAACUACCUUAAGAGGCAAAAGAGACGAAACACUACCCAGCCUUACUCAAGUACAAAGAGAAGAUAUCUAUGUUUUGCCACCUUUACAAGAGGAAGAAAAAAAUAGCUCAGAAGAGGAAGAUGAAAAAGAAUGGCAAGAAAGAAUGAAUCAAAAGCAAGCAUUACAGGAAGAAUUUUUUCAUAAUCCUCAAGCAAUAGAUAUUGAAUCUGAAGACUUCAACAGCCUCCCUCCUGAAAUAAAACAUGAAAUCUUGACUGAUAUGAAAGAAUUCACCAAGCGAAGAAGAACACUCUUUGAAGCAAUGCCAGAGGAGUCCAAUGACUUCUCGCAGUAUCAGCUUAAAGGUUUACUAAAAAAAAACGACUUAAACCAGCGCAUAGAAAAUGUUCAAAAAGAAAUGAAUCAGCAGCACUCGGGGCCAAUCCAAAGGCAAUAUGAAGAUGAAGGGGGAUUUCUGAAGGAGGUGGAGUCGAGGAGAGUGGUCUCUGAAGACACUUCACAUUACAUCUUGAUAAAAGGCAUGCAGGCUAGGAAAACUGCAGAAGUCGAUUCCGAGCCUCUCCCUUCUUCCAGCAGAAUGCACAGCAUGUCUGCUGCCACGACGUCACCUCCGUGUGGAAAACUGAAACCAGAGAAAGAGACUGGUGCUACUCCUCCAUCUCCAAGAACUUUACUAGCUAUGCAAGCAGCCAUGCUGGGAAAUAGCUCAGAGGAGGAGCUGGAGAAUGAAAACAAAAGGCGACACACUGACAAGAGCACGUCCGCUGCUCUAGACGAAGGCUCUGUGUCACCAAGGACUCUCUUAGCUAUUCAGAAAGCACUUGAGGAUGACGAAGAAGUGAGAGUGCCUAGUGGGAAUGACGUGCAGAUGGAUACGUUGGAAGUGAAAAACCUGCUUAGGAACAAUUCUGAUGUGGAAAAUGAUGAGAGACUUGCAGUUAGAGAUGAUGGGAAAGGACUGCUGCUCACAGCCGUGCCCAGCUCCAUCAGUGUGAACUUUGUAGAGGAGAGUGUAGCCGGCACUGAGGAAGAGGAUCUGACCUACUCCGCUCAUUUACCAAGCACAGGUUUUUGUAAAGGCAGUGAUUCUAGUGUUCAAAAAGAACAAGCAUCGUUAGCUCACACAGUGAGUAAUGAACCCACGGUCAAGGGUAGAAAAGGCCUUGUUCCUUUAGAAAGUUCAGGCGCUCUGCACAGUGAUGCCCUUGGGCUCCAGAAGAGAAGAGAGCUGAUGUCAACAUCCGGAAACAGAGUUUUUGUGUCACAUGGUGAAUCACACCCUAAAGCUGUUGAGCUACACAGCGAUCCUGGCACAUCCGAGAGUAAACAUGAUUCCUCUACUGUUUCAGGCGACGACGAAACAGAAUGUGAAAAAAAUCGUGCUUCUGAAAUCACUGGCACUGUCAGUAUGCAGGAAAUGAGUAACACAGCAAGUGUCCUUUCAGAGACACUAAGUGACUUAGAAAGUGGGGUGUCACUUAAUGCUAAACAGCAUGAGAAUUUGCUGGAAACCAUCCAAGAAAGUGAGAUAAUUGAAUCUGCAUGUCAGGAUUUCAUUUCAUUUCCAGAGUUGGUGGAGCCAAUGGAAAUGAAUUCCCACGACAGCGAAUCUGAUGGAAGUUUCAUUGAAGUGGACAGCGUACUUAGUGAUGAUGAAAACCAAGCAGAGUUACCUGAGCCUUUGAAACCUUCCUCUGACCUGGGUGGAAUGUCAGUUGCUGCAGAGGGCACCGGGGUUGAGACGAAGGAGGAAGAAGCUUCAGGCGACUCUGAGGGUGACUCUGAAAGCGAGGGCUUAGCUGUGGAGCCACAGGAAGAAGCUGAGAAAGAUGCAGAUGAUCUUUGGAACGAAUGGCAAGAUGUUAAUUUGGAAGAACUGGAGACUCUGGAGAGCAGCCUUUUAGAAGAGCAGAAUUCACUGAAAGCUCAGAAACAGCAGCAAGAGCGGAUCGCUGCUACCGUGACAGGGCAGAUGUUCUUGGAAAGCCAGGAGCUGCUUCGCCUGUUUGGCAUCCCCUAUAUCGAGGCUCCUAUGGAGGCAGAGGCACAGUGUGCCAUCCUGGACCUGACUGAUCAGACUUCCGGAACAAUCACUGAUGAUAGUGAUAUUUGGCUUUUUGGAGCACGGCAUGUGUAUAAAAACUUUUUUAAUAAAAACAAACUGGUAGAAUAUUACCAAUAUGUGGACUUUCACAACCAACUAGGAUUGGACCGGAACAAAUUAAUAAAUUUGGCCUAUUUGCUUGGAAGUGAUUAUACAGAAGGAGUUCCAACUGUGGGCUGUGUAACAGCCAUGGAAAUUCUCAAUGAAUUCCCUGGACAUGGCCUGGAACCCCUCUUGAAAUUCUCAGAGUGGUGGCAGGAAGCUCAAAAAAAUAAGAAGUUGAGACCUAAUCCUCACGACACCAAAGUGAAAAAAAAAUUAAGGAAGUUACAGCUCAGCCCUGGUUUUCCUAACCCAGCUGUCGCCGAAGCUUACCUAAAGCCGACAGUAGAUGAGAAGAAGGGAGCGUUUCUGUGGGGGAAGCCUGAUCUUGGGAAAAUUAGAGAAUUUUGUCAGCGGUAUUUUGGAUGGAACAAGACUAAGACAGAUGAAUCUCUGUUUCCAGUAUUAAAGCAGCUGAAUGUCCAGCAGACACAACUUCGAAUUGAUUCCUUCUUUAGAUUAGCUCAACAGGAGAAACAAGAUGCUAAGGGGAUAAAGAGCCAGAGACUUCACAGAGCUGUGACAUGUAUGCUGAGGAAGGAGCGGGAAGAAACAGCCAGUGAAAUAGAAGCAGUUUCUGUUGCUAUGGAGAAAGAAUUUGAGUUACUUGAUGAGGAAAGACGAAAAACCCGGAAGAGAAGCGUAGCAAGUAAACUGAAAGAUACAUCAAGCCUGAAAAGAAAACGACAUUCUGAUUCUAAGCUAGAGAAUAAAUGUGGUGGUUUUUUGGGGGAGGCCUAUCUCUCACAAUCAUCUGAUGCAUCUUCAAGUGAGGAUGCUACAAGUCUUUCUUUAAUUAACGUUCAAAGUGGAAAAGCAGCUCAAGAGACAAAAAUCAGUCCUUCAGAUUCACAGAACACAGUGAAACAUGAACAUGUGAAGGACGAAGGCGUGCCUACUAGCAGCUCUAGUGAUGAGGAUGAAAAGAAAACAAAAGUAGUCAUGGUAACGGCCAGGUCUGUGUUUGCAACGAAAAAAGGGAAACUCAGAAAUGCAAGAGGAAGGAAAAGAAGAACCUAA